CAGAAACAACCAUCCAGCGCUACAAGGCAAGAAUCGUCAGUUCGAGCCUGUUUCACUUCCAUCUUCAGAAAGUGUUGCAGCCAUCGUCUGGCAGACGUAGUCGGGCUGCGGCUCUGUACUGCGCAAGCAUACAUAUUUUUUGAUCAAAACAAAACUAUCAACUCAAAGUCACGCCGCAUUCGUGCGCCGCUCUUGCAAUCAUGGCGAACAAGCAGGGAAAAAUGCAAAAUCUCAUCAACUAUCGCAUGCGCGUUACGAUGAAGGAUGGAAGACAGAUGACUGGCCAAAUGCUAGCGUUCGACAAACACAUGAACCUGGUUCUCGCCGACACUGAGGAAUUCCGCAAGGUCAAACGCAAGCAAAACCGAUCCGGUGCCCCUCCGGCUCCUGGCUCUGCAGCGGCGGCGGCGGCGGUCGAAGCGGAAGAGAAGCGCACACUUGGAUUGGUUAUUCUCCGUGGAACGAAUAUCGUCAGCUGUAGCGUCGAAGGUCCUCCCCCGUCCGACCCAUCGGCACGACUGGGCCAGUCUGCACCAGGUGGUACUGCAACAGCUCUGCAAGCAGGAGCAGGAAUAUCGAAGCCGGCAGGGCGAGGCCUGCCAGUAGGCUUGGGUGGUCCAGCUGCGGGUAUUGGCGGUCCACCGCCGCCAGGAGGAUUUGGAUUCCCUCCAGGAGGUUUCCCAGGAGGAGCGCCACCGCCAGGAUUUGGAGGAAGAGGAGGUCCAGGUGCUCCUGGUGGUCCCCCGCCUGGCUUUGGAGGCCCGCCACCCGGUUUUGGUGGUCCUCCUGGUGGCCCUCCAGCUGGUUUCCAGCCACCACCCGGCUUCCAAGGAGGACCUCCACCUCAAGGUAGAGGAUUUCCACCGCCAGGGUUUGGAGGAAGAUAAGAAACUCGGGGUUUUGAUGCAUGAUCACCAAAAUGCGUGCAAGGACAAAAGGUCGCUACUCGGAGAAAUCCAUCAGAGUGGCACAUUACCAAAAAUCCGAUACCUUUCGAUCUGCUUGACGGUCUUUGAAAGCUUGUGCCAAUCCGAGAAGUGUUGGACCUGAGCAUUUUCACGAGUCGAUAUCAGAUUGGGUACAAACAGCAGCAAUUAUGUUGCAACUGCGACGGCGAUACGCGAUGAUAUGAAGGUUGCAAUGGGUUCCAGGCCCGACCAUGGUGGACGAUGGCGUUCAGCCUUAUCACCAGUUGCUGGUUAGUCUUGUUGGAUAAAGCUGGCGACGGCGUACCAAACGCAUCCCUCCGUCAGCAAUCCGAACUAAGUCAAUGAAAUCCGAGAAAUCUUGAGAGAAGAUUCACCUCUCUGGAAUUCUUCAUUAUGC